UGGUGCCCACGCCGCCGCCGCCGCCGCCUCCUCCCACCCCACCCCCCGCAGCCAUGGGCCCCGAGCCGCGGAUGCUGACGCCCUCCCCCAACUGGUACUGCUCCCGUUCCAGCGAUGCUGGCCCGGGGGGGCUGUUCGGGUUCGCCGCGAGGAACUCGGUCUACCUGCUCCAGAUCGGCCGGGGCCUGAGCCCCUUCCACGUCCUAGGAGAGUUGGUAGGACACACAGAAAGAGUUUCUGGCUUCACAUUUUCUCACCACGUGGGUCAAGCCAACUUCUGUGCCAGUAGCUCUGAUGAUGGAACAGUGAAAAUCUGGGAUGUGGAUACUCGAACAGUUGUGACAGAACAUACACUCCAUCAGAACACCAUAUCAGCACUGCAUUGGUCACCUAAAGUAAAGGAUCUAAUUGUGUCGGGGGAUGAAAAGGGAAUAGUCAUUUGUUAUUGGCAUAACAGAAAUGACAGCCAGCACUUCUUCCCAGAACCCAGGACAAUCUUCUGCAUUACUUGUUCACCUCAUCACGAAGAUUUAGUGGCCAUUGGUUACAAGGAUGGCAUGGUGGUUAUCAUUGACAUCAGUAGGAAAGGAGAUGUUCUUCACAGGCUGAGAGGUCAUGAUGAUGAAAUUCAUUCCAUAGCCUGGUGUCCAUUACUUGGUGAAGAGUGCUUAACCAUUCGUCCAGAAGAGAACUCAGAUGAGAACGAGAUUCUUAAUGGAAAAGUUGUUCAACAGAAUCCAGUAACAAAAGGCUACUACCUUGCUACUGGAAGCAAAGAUCAGACGAUACGAAUCUGGAGCUGCUCUAAAGGCCGAGGAGUGAUGACUUUGAAAUUGCCCUUUCUAAAGAGACGAGGGGGGAGUGUGGAUCCCACAGUUAAAGAGCGGAUCUGGUUGACUAUAUUCUGGCCCACUGGCCAACCUACCCAGCUGGUAUCCAGUUGUUUUGGAGGUGAAUUGCUACUCUGGGAUCUCACCCAUUCUGGGAAACGAAAAUGCACCCUCUUUAGCAACUCAUCAGAGGGGCAGAAUCACUCAAGGAUUGUGUUUAAUUUAUGUUCGGUCCAGACUGAAGAAAAAGAGCUUCUGCUUUCCAUUUCUAUGGAUAGGGAUGUGAAAUGUUGGGACCUGACAACCUUGGAAUGCUGUUGGACAAUGCCUUCCCUUGGGGGGUUUGUCUAUAGUCUGGCUUUCUCCCCUGUGGACAUGGGCUGUUUAGCCAUAGGUGUUGGAGAUGGCAUGAUCCGGGUGUGGAAUACAUUGUCCAUAAAAAACAACCAUGAUGUGAAGACCUUUUGGCAGGGCAUCAAAUCCAAGGUUACUUCGCUAUCUUGGCAUCCAACUAAGGAAGGUUGUUUGGCCUUUGGAACUGAUGAUGGAAAAGUGGGAAUGUAUGACACCUGCUCCAACAAACCUCCACAAAUUUCUAGUACUUAUCAUAAGAAGACGGUGUAUUCUUUGGCUUGGGGACCUCCUGUGCCCCCAAUUUCACUUGGCAGAGAUGGUGACAAGCCUGCUAUAACUUUAUAUAGUUGUGCAGGAGAAGGGGUCAUUUUGCAACACAAUCCUUGGAAACUCAGCGGGGAGGCCUGCAACGUCAAUAAAGUCAUCAGAGAUACCAAUGCAAUAAAAUACAAACUGCCAGCACACACAGAGAUCAGCUGGAAAGCAGAUGGCACAAUCAUGACUCUUGGCAAUGAAGAUGGAUCCAUAGAAGUAUUUCAGGCUCCUAACUUAAAAUUGAUCUGCACUAUUCAGCAGCACCACAAGCUAGUGAAUGCCAUUCGAUGGCACCAUGAGCAUGGGACCAACCCAGAAUUAAGCUAUCUGAUAGCUUCCGGAUCCAACAAUGCUGUCAUUUAUGUGCAUAACUUGAAGAGUGUGAUAGAGAACACCCCAGAAUCACCAGUGACAAUUACAGAACCCUUUCGAACACUCUCUGGACAUACAGCUAAAAUCACUAGUCUGGCUUGGAGCCCUCAUCACGAUGGAAGAUUAGUAUCUGCUUCCUAUGAUGGCACAGCUCAGGUGUGGGAUGUUCUCAGGGAAGAGCCUCUCUGCAAUUACCGGGGACACCGGGGAAGAUUACUUUGUGUUCAGUGGUCUCCACUGGAUCCAGAUUCAGUCUUUUCAGGGGCAGAUGAUUUCUGUGUACACAAAUGGCAGAUUUCAAUGCAGGAUCAUACCCGGCCACCUCAGGGCAAAAAAAGUAUUGAGUUAGAGAAGAAAAGGCUCUCGCAGCCUAAACCCAAGAUCAAGAAGAAGAAAAAACUGGCAGGGAAAGUGGCAACAAAGCAGGAGGUGACUGUGGCCAAUGGAGAGGACUGCGCCAAGGACAGCUCUCUACCCAUUGAAAAUGGGCUGUCAGACCAGGAAGGUGAAGAUGAAGUACAAGAGCCAGAGAUUCCCAACAGCAUCUCUUCAAAUGUUUCCAAAGAGUUACCUUCAUACUCACCCAUUUCCUCGGGAUUUGAAAAGCCAAAGAUUCCAAUUAAUCCCAAAGUGAUUGUGCCCAAAAAGGAUCUACCUAAAGAGAAGUCAGAAGCCCUCGCAAAGAAGAAAAAGGCACGUUCUAUUCUACCUGUCAGUACAGCCUUGGACCACAGGUCCAAAGAGGAGCUCCACCAGGACUGUUUGGUGCUGGCAACUGUGAAACAUUCCAAAGAGUUAAACGAGGACUUGGCCGCUAGUCUAAAUGAGCGGAUUCACUUGGGACUCUUCACCGACAGGACAGCCCUAUACAGGAUGAUCGAGGUAGAAGGAAAAAGUCAUUUGGAGAAUGGACACCCUGAUUUAUUCCACCAGUUAAUGCUGUGGAAAGGAGAUCUAAAAGGAGUUAUCCAGGCUGCUGCAGAAAGGGGAGAACUGACUGAUCAGCUGGUAGCUAUGGCACCAGUAGCGGGCUACCAGAUGUGGCUGUGGACAGUAGAAGCCUUUGCCAAACAGCUGUGUUUCCAGGACCAGUAUGUUAAGGCUGCCUCUCAUCUCCUCUCUAUCCAUAAGGUGUAUGAAGCUGUGGAGCUGCUCAAGUCAAACCACUUCUAUAGGGAAGCCAUUGCAAUUGCCAAGGCCCGGCUACGACCAGAGGACCCAAUACUGAAAGACCUGUACGGCAGUUGGGGAGCAGUCCUAGAAAGAGAUGGCCAUUACGCCAUGGCAGCCAAAUGCUACUUAGGGGCUACCUCUGCCUACGAUGCAGCUAAAGUGCUCGCCAAAAAGGGGGAUGUGGCUUCUCUUAGAACAGCUGCAGAGUUGGCACUUGUCGCCGAAGAGAAGGAGCUGUCUUCAUCGUUCUCUUUCAGAUGUGCCCAAGAGCUGCUGUCGGUCAGGAACUGGGUGGGAGCUCAGGAAGUCCUCCGGCAACAAGAAUGCCUGCUAGGUCAGUGUUUGGUGUUUUGCCUUCAUGAAUUGCUGUCCAAGCACCUGGAGGAAAGUCAGCCAUCAGAAUGGAAAAGUUCCUCCUUCCCUUCCUACCAUAGCUGGGCCAUCAGGACUGAGAGUUCCUUCAUGGAAGGGGUGAUCACAGUAUGGAAGAGCACAUUUGGCUUGGAGACCACUGAACAGUACCAGACAGCAUUUCAGCAGCUACAUGGUAUCGAGUACCCAUCUGCCACAGGUCAUACCCUUUCCAAACAGCUCCUGUUCCACAUCUCCCAUGAUCUGACCUUGGCGGUGCUGAGCCAGCAGACCGCCUCCUGGCCGGAAGCCGUCAGAGCUCUCCUUGCCGCUGUGACACGGAGCUAUGACUCGGGGAACUUCACUCUAAUGCAAGAAAUCUGUACUCUCUUUCUUCCCAAAGGCUGUGAUCAUUUAAGAGAGAAACUGGGUGAAGAGCCAGCUUUUAAAAGUUUAGAGGCCUUUUUCUCAUAUGGACAGCUCUAUGACCUCUGGUGGAACCUGCCCAGGACUCCCCUCAUUGAAAUACAGUGCGUGGCAGAUCCAGUGCCUUUUAUUGGCACUGCCUGUGGUGGUGAGCAGAAUGGUCUCUCUGAUACCUCCAGUCCAGACGUAACUGACCCUGACGCCUUUACCCAGCUGAGCGAUGAACUUCCCCAAGGAACCAUACUGAGUACAGAUUUAGAGCAAGACCGGAGAAGCGCAGAGAAAAAACAGCCUACACUGAGUGCAUGUGAGGUUCUCAUUUCUCAAAUGCACGCAGAUCUCCAGAGUACCCAGAAAGCUAUCACAGAGGUCCAAGAAACAUUAGCAGAAAUGAUCCGCCAGCACCAGAGAAACCAGCUCUGUAAAGCUACAAGGAACAGUGCUGAAGAGGGAGAUCCUUCCUUGAAGACUCAGUUGUGUUCUGAAAAUCCUGACAGCCAAAGUAAAGAACAAGUAAAUGAACCAGUUUCGCUGGCUGAAUUGACAAAACGACUUUCAGAAGCAAAUAAGAAAAUGGCUGGAUUUCCUGAGAACAUUAAGACAUUUCCCUUUCCUGAUGUGUUAGAGUGUUGUCUUGUAAUGCUUCAUAUUGGAUCCCAGUGUUCUGGGUAUUUGAGUCUGGAUAUGCAGCAACAAGCCUUAGAACUCCUUCAGAAAUAUGGCAACAGCAAAGUUUACGAAAGAAGUUCUCAGAUUUUCUGCACAUGAAUUUGAAGCCCUUCAGCUGAAGACUGUUAUACCUAGGCCAAGACAAAGGCCAUCUUUUCACUUCUGCAGUUUGCUCCUCCCUGGCCUUUCUCCCUGAGCUGUGGACACUUUUGAAAGAAGGUCCGUAAAGUAAGGGGCCAGAUGUGGUCAGACUCAUUGGUCCAUAGUGGACCCCAACUCUGCUUGUGAAAUUAAAAAGGACUUUCACCUCAACUAUCAUUUUCUGUCGAGGGAAGAAUGAUGGCAGGCCAGCAGUAGUUGCUUAGAAAUUACCCAGCAUAGCAAUCUCAGUGACCUUGAAAACCUGUAGGUUUUACCCAAAUAGGAGAAAGUUGUAUUUUUUCUAUUGUGAUAAAUGUGUUACAUUCUUAAAUACACAGGCUGCCUUUAAGUAAACUUUUAAACCAUAUGCUUUUGUGAAGAUGGGAAUCAUUGCCAACCUGCAUCAUCCGUAGUCUGUUAUCUGGUCUCUUCUUUUUCUCAGUAUCCAUGUUUGAUAAGGAAAGUCAAAACAGACUAUUCCUAAAUGCUUUCAGUAUAAGUGCUCCUCGUAUACCUUCCCUCACCCCACCCCACUCCCCAAAAGUGUAAAAUCACAUUUCGGAUUGCAAAGAAUUAGCGCUUGGCAUCUCAUCAUGGAGGGCUAAAGUCUCAUGACAUAGAAAUGCAACUCUCAUACAACAGUAAGUGGGGGGUUUUUUCCCCCUUUAAAAGAUAUUUUUGGAAAUGGGCUCUAUUCAGACCAAUAUAGCAUAGAUUUGUUGGGACAGCUCAAUUGUUAAAGGUACAAAAUGCCUCAUGACUAUAAGGGCAGCCACCCUGAGGAAAGGCACCUCAGUAUCUAUAUAGUUUACGUUUGUAAUGGCACUUCUGUUUCUGCUCAUGCUUUUUAUAAACUAUAGGCCUUCUACAAAAUAUUUGUUUUGGUUGCAUUCUAAAAAUGGUUUUGAAAUGUAGGUUAAAUGAGGUCAGCCAUCUAAAUAAAAUCACCUAGAUACAGAUGGAUAUAAUCAGGUAACACUUUAUGUCAAUGACAGGAUAUAGGAGGAAAGAAAACAGUAACUAUUUUGACCAGGUGUGUUCUUAAGGCUCAAAGUAGAACUUAAUUUUCUGCACUAAAAUAAAUGGUCUUAUUUGGAUACAGAGGGUGUCUUAACAAAACCAUUUGAUGACUUUUACCAUGUACUUAAGUGACGCCAUACUCCUAUGAAAAGAAAGGAUGAUCUUAAGUUGUAGCAAGAUAGCCAUAGCUAGAACAUUGUUAGUGGAGUUAUUUCCAAAUUGGAAAGGAAGGCCUGUCGUAGUGGGAACUUGAAGAGACCUUCUUACAACAGUUGUUAAAAAAGACAUGAAGGCCCUAGAACUGGCAAUAAAUUGCAUGGCACAGAUAGAAGGCAUUGUUAAAAUUAAGAAUGCUCAUACAGAAAGAAAGCCCCUUUCACAGGAGUGAGUUCAAAAGGACUGUUACUGAGCUACAAGGGAAUUUAGCCCUGACCCACAACUUAACCCAGUUGUGUUCUGCGAUUCCAGUGAAGGCCACUCUUACUAAAACAUUUUAAAAUUACAUUUCUGUUAAGUCUUCAGUGAUUGUCCUGAAUAUUAUAAUAUUUUGCCUGGGGAUAAAGAAAUCAUGUACUGUAGUGAAAUAGUGAGGACCCCUACCUAAGAAUUCUAACAAGAUUUGGGACACCAUAAUAAGAGAGCAACUCUAAUUCUUUCCUGCACACUUUGUGCACCUAAUUGGUGUUCUAAUCUAAAAGAUCAGUUGUCUGUCAUGUGCUUCUUUAGCUCCUUAGUCGGUGGAGUAGCUAUCACAAACCAGUUUGGUCAGUUAGUUGGGGGUUUUCGUGCCAGACCAGUGAACUACAGCAGUUCACAAAGGAUCAGGGUUUGGAGUUGGAGACCUCUUCAGAGGUCAUCUCAUCCAGUCCUCUCAGAAGUGACUUAACCAAGGUUACCCAGGUUGCCAGUAACAAUUCUUAAUAAUCAGUUGCCUUUUGUUCCUUUAAAUUUUGACUAAUUCAGUUUUGUGUAUAAAGGGAUCCUUUUA